AUUCUAAAUAAACACCAUAACUUUCUUCCUUGAACUCCCUUUACACCCUUCGUCUUCUUCUCCUCUUUCUCUGCAAUUCUCAUGUCGACUUCAAGUUCUAGAUCAUAUGAACAAGUACUAGAAACACACAACGACAAGGACACGUGUCUUGUUUUUCAAACCAACAGCAAAUCGCAAUUACUUGUGUUUGAAAUUGUUUAAUUAGUGGGGUCAUCAUCAAUCUUUUUUCCUUUUGUUUUUCAGGAUCCACUUAAUCAUCCCAAUAUAUACCAUAAAUAUCUAUACUUAGUUUGUCCCUGUUUUUGCUUCAAUUCAUUUCUCAAAUGGGUUGCUUCAAUCUCUCUUGAUACAUUGACGUGAAAGCACAGAAAAUAACGUUAGAUUUUGUUGCAAAACACAGAACAACAUCCGAUGGCGACGUACUUUCAUGGGAACCCUGAAAUCCAAGCGGCUGACGGACUCCAAACCCUCGUACUUAUGAACCCUGCCUAUGUUCAGUACUCCAACACCCCUCCGCCGCUGCCGAACAACCUCGUUUUCCCUCACGCGCCACCUCCCCACACCCAACAAUUCGUCGGCAUCCCCCUCCCCGCGUCUACUUCCACCGCCAGCCAAGACCCUGGUUACCACGAAAUCUUCCCAUUGCAUGGAAUCGCUCAGCGCAUCCAUUACAACCUGUACAACCCCAUUGACACUUCCGGAGCAGCGCGUGAAACCCCACGCUCACAGCAGGGGCUCUCCUUGAGCCUCUCUUCCCAAAAACAUCCUGGUUAUGGAUCACAAGCUCAAGCGGCUUCGGGUGAGGACAUGAGGGUUUCGGGUGGGUCUGGUUCAGGGGUGACUAAUGGAGUUUCUGGUGUACAAAGUGUGCUGUUGAGCUCUAAAUUCUUGAAGGCUGCUCAAGAGCUUCUCGAUGAGAUUGUUACUGUUAACAAUACCGAGAUUGCCAAGAAAGAUUCGGCUAAAGAGAGUAGUGGAGACAAUAGCAAUAGCAGUAAGGCUAUCGGAGAAUCGUCUGUGGCGGAAGCAGAUGGCUCUGGUGGCGGAGAGGCAGAUGCUAAGCACGGAGCCGAGCUGACUACGGCAGAGAGACAGGAAAUUCAGAUGAAGAAAGCGAAGCUAAUUAGCAUGCUUGACGAGGUGGAUCAAAGGUACAGACAAUAUCAUCACCAGAUGCAGGUUGUAACUUCAUCAUUUGAGCAAGCAGCAGGGAUCGGCUCUGCUAAAACAUACACAUCUCUUGCAUUGAAGACCAUCUCAAAACAAUUCCGGUGCUUGAAAGAUGCAAUCACUGAUCAAAUCCGCGCUGCACACAAGAGCUUAGGUGAAGAAAAUUGCCUAGGAGGCAAAAUUGAAGGGUCGUCAAGACUUAAGUUUGUCGAUCACCAUCUUCGCCAACAACGAGCACUUCAGCAGUUGGGAAUGGUCCAGCACAAUGCUUGGAGACCCCAACGAGGACUACCUGAACGAUCAGUCUCGGUUCUUCGAGCUUGGCUAUUCGAACACUUCCUCCAUCCGUACCCUAAGGAUUCAGACAAGAUCAUGCUUGCAAAACAAGCAGGGCUUACUAGAAGCCAGGUGUCUAAUUGGUUCAUAAAUGCUCGAGUUCGGCUAUGGAAGCCAAUGGUGGAAGAGAUGUAUUUGGAGGAAAUCAAGGAACAAGAACAAAAUGGAUCAGAGGAGAAAUCACGCAAAAGCAAUAACAAUGAAGAUUCAACAUCCAAAUCCACUGCACCAGAAAAAAGUAGUGCAGACAAUAUGGCAAAAAGUUUCAGUUCCAAACAGGACAAUAUCUCGAACCAGAAUGGUUCCUCAAUGUCAAUUUCCAUGGCAUCAACAUCUCCCCUUGCCGGAAACAUUGGCAACCAGUCCGGAUUCUCCUUCAUGGUAUCAUCCGAACUGGAAGGGAUCACUCAAGGAAGUCCGAAAAAGCCAAGAACCACUGAAAUAUUGCAGCCGCCAAUGGAUUUCAAGCAAACAACCGAGGCCAACAAUGAGGUCACCAUGAAGUUUGGCAAAGAUAGGUACACAUUUAUGGGAAACAACACAGAUUUCAUGGGAGGUUUCGGACAAUACCCCAUUGAAGAAAUAGGAAGGUUCGAUGCAGAACAGUUCCCUCCCAGGUUUUCAGGCAAUGGUGUUUCACUCACUUUGGGACUUCCCCACUGUGAAAAUCUGUCUUUAUCAAGGACCCAUCAGAGUUUUCUCCCGAACCAAACCAUGCAAAUGGGACGAAGGCUCGACGUUGGUGAACCCAAUGAGUUCGGGUCAAUGACUAUCGGCCCUUCCACACCACACUCCUCGGCUGCUGCAUUUGACAACAUCAACAUUCAAAACAGGAGAAGGUUUGCAGCGCAAUUGUUACCAGACUUUGUUACCUGAUCAAAAUGAUGAUUUCUGAUCCAAGAAACUAGAUGGGAAUGAUUUGAUUUUCCAGGGAAAUACAUGGUAAAGAAAAGAAGAAAGUUUCACGCAUAGUAUAGGGUUUUAUACUUUCUUCAUAGUUCAAUUUGAGUCCUUGGACAGUUUAGGAUCUCAGCAUAUAUUUGAGGAUUGUAUAUUAAUUUUGUAUGUUUUGGGGGAUUGGAUGGUGAUUGAUAUUAUAAAAUUAGUCACUUGGGUA